UCCUAUGUCAAUGUCAUUAAGAAAAACAGACAUCUCAACUGAAAAUUUGUCUUCGCAAUGCCGAAAAUUAUGUGAAUUAAAUUAUCAAAUAAUAAAUCAAGAAAAUGGAGGAACAAGUUCACCUGACUUUUAAUGAGGAAGGAGAAGACUAUGCGGUCUUUGUAGAUAUAGGAACCGCACAUAUUCAAAGGAGGCAGCUAAGUUUAUCAAAGAGUUUAACCACUCCCACGGUAAAUUGGAAUUGUCAAAACUUCGGGAAGAGAGGAAAAUUCCAUCAGUCCCCGGUUCUCGCAACGCCACUCCCCGGGCUUCCAUCAAACACAACUUCCGCCCCGCCAGGUGACCCCGCCCCUUUGAUUUGGCCCCGCCCAUUCGAUUCCCCACUACCGCUGGACGCUAGCGAGGGCGGACUGUUUGCAGGAGGUUUUGUACCGCCCCCUCCACGACCCACCUUCAUCGACGAAUCAGCGACGCCCGACGGACCGACCACUUGCGACCUGUGUUCGUGGGCGUGGCAAAACACCGGCGGAGGGACGGGAUCGGGCGGUGGAGGGUAUGGCGUGUUUGACGCUGCUGUUGAAGUUCCUGGUGAGAUUGGAUGGGUGCUCACACUAGUGAUAGUUUCUCUUACGUCUGCUAUAAUUGGAGCCAUAGUUAUGAUAGUUGUAUUGCACUGUAAAAGGAUAAAGACAUCAAGUGAGAGUGAUCCUGACCACGGCGGCGUAUCCUUAGAACAAAUGGCUGCGGGCAGACAGCGACUGCCCAUCCCGGGCGGCCAACAAGAAGACAAGGAGAUAGUAAGCAGUGCAAUAUCUGUACUGACGGCCUUCCCUUCUGGGGGCAGCCAUCAUCGGUCGAGCAGCCCAGCCGCACAUUACCCUUCUGCCCAUCACCACCACCAAAACGCGACCAAUGGGGUUUGGUCCUGGUUGGCGAGGCGGAGCUCGGGGUGUCAGCAGCAUCAUCAGCAGUUCAGUUCGCCGACUACGUUGCCUGUUGAGAAUCACUACACGCAUAUGGAAGAUGGUUACAACAGCGUCAGUGGCCGAGCCCCCAGCACCGUCCCGGCAGGCGAUGAAGACGCUCUGUACGCCGAACUAGACCGCUCCGCCUCACCAUCGCCUUCUGAUGCCUCCCCUGCCUAUCAAAAUUCCGCCUACGCAGAUCCCGACGCUCCGCCCAGUGCUCCAAGCUCCGCCUACUACUCGGACCUGUCUACUCACACCGCGGGAGCGGUAGCGAUGCCCCCACCGCCUUUACCACCCCUACAACAGAGCAACGAACGAGCAUAUGAAGUGGUGGGGUUGGCAACGUUGCAUCCGGCAUGUUGGGGCGACUCUGGGCGGGGUAAAUUGGAAGCUAUUAGUGAACAUGGAACAGUGCCGUCGGACUAUGUGUAAUGCUACUUGGCAAUCUGCUCAAACGAUAUUAGUCAAUAUUUAUAUUCGUCUUGAGAGUCAGUGGAAAGGAACGGAGUGAUAGUUGUAGCCCUUUAGAGUUAUAGGAACAUAAUAUACAAAGUGUUGUUGAAGUGCUUGGCCAAACUUCAAAGAGUAGCUCUUUAAAGUUUUUUUGUGAAAACCUAUCAAGAAAAAUGGGUUCAGUGAAACGAAAAAUGAUCAUGACCAUAUAGGGCGCCCAAUUUAGAGCAUUAAUUUCUUUCUUUUGGUGAUUUGGGUUUUAUAGGCUCAUUUUUAUUGUCGGAUUCCAUUUGCGUUUUAAGCGAUACAUCUGCGCAUGCGAAACCUUGAAAACAAAGCAUUACCGUACGUCUUUUCAUUUCAAAAUCACCACCUCUUGAAGUUUAACCAGAUCAUUUAUUAAUUAUUUGCCUACCUUGGGCGCGGAUCUCUCAUAUACAUUUUGGAGUAACCUAUGCUAGAUUACAGAGGUUCUUAAGACAUAAUAACUGUAUUUUGCCGCUAAAACUGACUUUCCAUCAGAAAAUUAUUGCUCACAGUUGUAUAUACUGUAUAUAGUAUUUAUCGAGGUAUUUGUACAGGGUGCUUUCAAUGUUGAGAUUCUCCAGGAAAAAAAGUGUAUAACUUUUUAACAAUUGAAAUUUACUGAAUACGAUAUUUCCGAUACGGCCCUGUCACUAUAGGAUUCUACGAAUCAGUCGAAGUUGAAGCUGUAACCGUUUAAUUCAAAAAUAAAAUCCUCCUACUUCGCCAAGAAUAACCCUAUUUACUCUUAUACAUUUUAAUGACCUUUCACUUUCCCCUAAAGGCAAAAACAAAUUGCAAGAUGUUAAAACUGGUCACAGAGCGUUAUCUCUCAGCGGGUAUGCCUACUCUAUUUAUGUUACUCCAUGGGUCUAUUUUAUGUACAGUCCUCUGAUUAUCUUAUUUUUUAUCUUGAUUUAUGUAAUCACCUAUUGUCUCGUCACUCAUGUAGGUACCAAUAAGGGCACCUCGUACAGGAUCACAUAGAGUACAAUGUACAAUGAUAACAUACCUGGAGGCAUUAGUGUUGGAAGGAAGCUUUCACCAAAAGUAUUGUAAUAAACCGUUCCUUAGAUUCAAUGGAUAAAAUAUCUGAUAAGCAUUUUACUUACCCACAUCAUGCCAUCCCAGGUUUCACCAGAAAUGGAGCUAUGAUCGAAGCACAGUUCGGAGAUUUUCAAAAACACGUAUUUGUCCAACACUCUUUUUGAAACACGCAACACUGAUUUCGAAAUCGCGGCACUCGCGGCAUUUCUGUCGUGUUCGUGCAAUAAUCACUUACAACAACGAACUCUUAACUCCUACGGUUUUACGGGAUAAUUUUCACUCGAAAUGGACUUGACAAAGUGCUGUAAACACUAUCCUGAUCCUUGAAUGGACUAUUUUCGUUUUUUUAUUCAAAUUUUUAGGGCAAAAACAACUCGGUUGCUCUGUCGGUUGCAUGCCAUAACUGCGCAUGCGUAUAUUCUCGUAUUAGAAUUGGAGAACAGAAUCGCACUCAGGAAAAUUUUUCGAAGUCUACUAUUUUUUGGAGGCCCUAAAUGUUUAGUGUAAAAAAUGUUCCAACAUUGAAAGCAUUCAUAUUAUACGUAUAGUACCACACUAUACAUUCCAUUUUCCUUCUUUACCUGAACAUAAUGUGCAAUUUGAUACAUAUACAAAUAUGAUUGCUUAUAUAAAAAUGUCAUAAUGUAAGACAGUGCACUUUGCACUAAAAAUGUGAUAAAAUGUUUAUAUUGUGCAUAUGAUGCU